CUGCAGACUACAGUGCUACUGCUGGUGCUGCUGCUGUAAAGUUAGGAGAAGUCUGGUGUCGUUUAGUUCGCUCUGUCCGUCCGUCCGUCUUUAAUUUACACACUUACACGCACACAAUAUACAAAAGAGCAAGUUUACACGAGAUUUUUCCAACAGAAGGAGUCCGCGGAGGAGUCGCCGUACUUUAACCGGGUUUUUUUUUCGCCCCCUUUCACAUUUUUUUCCCUUCACGCCACAUCCAUAGAGGGUCAGCAUGGCCCAGUGGAACCAGUUGCAGCAGUUGGAGACGCGCUACCUGGAGCAGCUGUACCACCUGUACAGCGACAGCUUCCCCAUGGAGCUCCGUCAGUUUCUCGCCCCCUGGAUAGAGAGUCAGGACUGGGCGUAUGCGGCCAAUAAGGAGUCUCACGCCACGCUGGUGUUCCAUAACCUGCUGGGAGAGAUCGACCAACAGUACAGCCGCUUCCUGCAGGAGAACAACGUCCUGUACCAGCACAACCUGCGGCGUAUCAAACAGCACCUGCAGAGCAAGUACCUGGAGAAGCCCAUGGAGAUCGCUCGCAUCGUCGCGCGCUGUCUGUGGGAGGAGCAGAGACUGCUGCAGACCGCUACGACUGCUCAGCAAGACGGCCAGGCUGCUCAGCACAGCGGGACAGUGGUGACGGAGAAACAGCAGCUGCUGGAGCACAGACUGCAGGACAUCAGGAAGAAAGUUCAGGAUAUGGAGCAGAAAAUGAAGAUGCUGGAGAACCUACAGGACGACUUUGAUUUUAACUACAAGACCCUGAAAAGUGCCGGAGAGCUGUCUCAGGACCUGAAUGGGAACAGCCAGGCUACAGCUACCAGACAGAAGAUGGCCCAGCUGGAGCAGAUGCUGAGUGCCCUGGAUCAGCUCAGAAGGCAAAUUGUGACCGAUAUGGCAGGGCUGCUGCAAGCCAUGGACUUUGUGCAGAAGAAUCUGACUGAUGAGGAGCUGGCUGAUUGGAAGAGGAGACAGCAGAUCGCCUGCAUCGGAGGACCUCCCAACAUUUGCCUGGACCGGCUAGAGACAUGGAUUACGUCACUGGCUGAGUCUCAGCUACAGAUCAGGCAGCAGAUAAAGAAACUGGAGGAGCUCCAGCAGAAAGUCUCAUAUAAAGGAGACCCCAUCGUUCAGCACCGCCCUGCCCUGGAGGAGAAGAUCGUCGAUCUCUUCCGCAAUCUCAUGAAGAGCGCGUUUGUGGUCGAGAGACAGCCAUGCAUGCCGAUGCACCCUGACAGACCUCUGGUCAUAAAGACCGGUGUUCAGUUCACCAACAAAGUGCGGUUGUUGGUGAAAUUCCCUGAACUGAAUUACCAGCUGAAAAUCAAAGUUUGCAUUGACAAGGAGUCUGGAGACAUCGCAGCCAUUCGAGGUUCACGCAAAUUCAACAUCCUGGGCACGAACACCAAGGUCAUGAACAUGGAGGAGUCCAAUAAUGGCAGCCUGUCAGCUGAAUUCAAGCACUUGACUCUGCGAGAACAGAGGUGUGGCAACGGUGGCCGCACCAACAGCGAUGCCUCUCUGAUUGUCACUGAGGAACUUCAUCUCAUCACUUUUGAGACCGAGGUCUACCACCAGGGCCUUAAAAUCGACCUUGAGACACACUCUCUUCCUGUUGUAGUUAUUUCUAAUAUCUGCCAGAUGCCCAACGCCUGGGCGUCCAUUCUGUGGUACAACAUGCUGACUAACCAUCCCAAGAAUGUAAAUUUCUUCACCAAACCUCCUGUGGGAACAUGGGAUCAGGUGGCCGAAGUUCUUAGCUGGCAGUUUUCUUCCACAACUAAGAGAGGCCUGACUAUUGAGCAACUCACCACACUGGCUGAGAAACUGCUUGGUCCUUGUGUGAACUACUCCGGUUGCCAGAUCACUUGGGCCAAGUUUUGCAAAGAAAACAUGGCUGGUAAAGGGUUCUCAUUCUGGGUUUGGUUGGAUAACAUCAUUGACCUGGUGAAGAAGUACAUUUUGGCUCUGUGGAACGAAGGUUAUAUCAUGGGCUUCAUCAGUAAGGAGAGGGAGAGGGCCAUCUUGAGCCCCAAGCCUCCCGGCACGUUUCUUCUGCGUUUUAGUGAGAGCAGUAAGGAAGGAGGCAUCACAUUCACCUGGGUGGAGAAAGACAUCAGCGGUAAGACACAGAUCCAGUCAGUGGAGCCAUACACUAAACAGCAACUGAACAGCAUGUCCUUCGCCGAAAUCAUCAUGGGCUAUAAGAUCAUGGACGCCACAAACAUCCUGGUGUCUCCACUCGUCUACCUUCCUGACAUCCCGAAAGAGGAGGCUUUUGGGAAGUACUGCAGGCCAGAAGCCCAGCCAGAUGUAGACAUCCAGGAUUUAACCGGAUUCACUCAACCGUACCUGAAGACUAAGUUCAUCUGCGUCACCCCGUGUCCUUCCAUCUUCAUGGACCUUCCGGACAGCGAACUGCUGGCUAACGGCUUCCCUGGGACGAACUCGGGUAACACAAGCGACCUGUUCCCCAUGUCUCCACGCACUCUCGACUCUCUGAUGCAAAAUCAAGCUGAGGCUGAGGCCAAUCCGGGACCUCUCGACUCCCUCACUCUGGACAUGGACAUGAACACGGACGUGGCCUCGCCCAUGUGAGACCUUCCACCGCGUAUCGACCCGAGAAGCAUCUAAACCUUUCACUUCUUAGCUGUUUCUUUCGUUGCGGAGGGAGAGAAAGACGGCGACGUCUCGGAUUCUCUUUCCGCAUCGCUCUCAGAUAGCUGCUACUCCUCGCACUGUCCACUCUGUUUUUUUCUUUUUCUUUCACUAGGUCUUGUACUCACCAUGUGCUCCUGUGAAACUCUCCUAACACUUUCCUGACUUGGAUCCCAAAAAAAAAAAAAAGAACGAACUAAGUAAUCGCUUUGUACUUGAUUGUACGUGUUAUUUUAGGGUUUUAACCUAUGGAUUUUUCGUAUUAUACAAUACGUUUUAUGCGCUCUUAUAGUAUGAUCUAAUUGUAUUAUGUUCCCAUUGGCUUUGUGCAGGUUUUUUUUUUUCCUCUGUGUAAGCUAAUGCUGCAUAUGAGUCAUGGGAUAAGUGGCUCCAGCUAAAUGUAUUAUAUUUUCUGUACGUCUCUCCUCCUGUUUCUGUUCUCUAGAUAUAAUCUUGUCCCACACUAUUCCAUGCCUAUUCUCUAUAUGUUCCUACAUAUAUAUGUGUGUGUAAGAGAUAAUCAGAGAGACGGAUACGGAGCUCAGCGAUCUGUCAAUGUCCAGCAUCCAGGGAGUAAGAUUUAUUUAGAUCCAUGUUACUCAGGGUGUAACACUCACAGUUGUGCGUUAAAGGAAGCAUCUUGGUCCUUCCCUGUGGCCUUAUUUAACCAGCAGACCAAGACGUUUGGAAGGCGGGAGAACCCGAUGACACCAUUUCGAUACUUCCUUUCAGACUCGCCCCGUCUCGUAUUUCCCGCAACACGAAAACGCACGAAAUUACAGACCCUUUACGCCGGGAAAAAAAAAGAGGACUAGAGUAGACUAUUAUGUUAAAGCUAGUAUUCCAGCCCCAGAUGAAGAUAUGCUCCACCUUUUUCUUUUGCUGUAAUUGUUUUCAUCGAUGCCGUUGUUUGAACGAGUUUCAGAGCUUCUGUGCCAUUGUCUGAACGAGGGCUGUAUAAUCAUAUCUGUAUAAUCAUCAUCAUCUUCUAUUGUUCCAUUUCUUUUUUUUCUUUUUCUUUUUUUGUAAUUUAAAAAUGUUUAACAUUUGUCCUUCCUCACUAAUGAUUUUUGUCCAAAACUGCCCUGUGCAUUAUCCUGGUCAUUGGAGUUCCUGUGUUGUAAAUGUCCCUGCCUGUGAGCUCUCUGUACAGUGGCUGCAUUACUUUUCAUUAAAAAAAAAAAAUCAACACCCUA